AUGACCAGUACACGCCCACACUCGCCAGUCUUGACCAUCCCCACGCUCCUCCCCCUCCUCCUCCUCCUCCUCCUCCACACCCACCCCGCCCUCGGCCUCCCCAGCACCCGCCGUGACUUCUACGGCACUUCCGGAAACCCCAAGGCCGCGACGGCCGGAAUCUCGCUCUCGGUUAUUGCGCUAGUACUAUCGAUCGUAGCGUUCGGCCUGAUGCUGUACAAUCGCCGCAUGAGGGCGCAGGAUGAGAGAUAUGCUCGUGCGCAGGAGUUGCGCGCUGUAGAGGGGGAUGCCAAGAGGGGGUAUCCAGGGGUGCCCGGGACGGGGUGA